UAGCCUUACAAUGCACAUGGCUAUAUAGUGUGCCAAAAUUGACCUACCAAGCUAUAAUUGUGAACUUCAUUUACUUCCAAUUCAUUCCUUAUCUUCAAAAUUCAUACAAAUAUCUCUGCCACUCCCACACAAUCCUCAGAACCACAACUGGCCACUAGUUAGUAUACCUAUAUAUCCAACAAACUGAACCUCAUAAAUUCCCAAAAUGAACCUAAAUUUGGUACAAAAGUUCAUCAAAAUAUUUGUACAAGCUUAGCUAGCUACUUACUAAAAAAUGUUUGGUUCUAAGGUAAUUUCUUUUUUUAUUUUGUUUAAUGUAGUGUUUUUCACUUGUGUUUCAUCUCAUAAUACACCAUGCCCUCCAACACCAACAAAAGCACCAUCCAAGUGCCCUAAAGAUACCCUAAAGUUUGGUAUUUGUGGAGAUUGGCUUGGGCUGAUUCAUGAGGUCAUUGGAGCAAAACCAAGCAGCCAAUGUUGUGCUCUUUUGGAAGGGAUAGCAGAUGUUGAAGCUGCUUUGUGCUUAUGCACAGCCAUUAAGGCCAAUGUUUUGGGUGCCCUUAACCUUAAAAUUCCCAUUGCCAUCAGUAUGGUUCUGAAUUCUUGUGGAAAGAAAGUGCCUAAAGGCUUUAAAUGUGCUUGACGAUCCUUCCUUUAGUCGUGUAUGCAGGAUUUUACUCGAGCAGUGUCCAUUUAUUAGCACACAAUUCGACUUGUAACUGAGUUUGGAUCUAGAAUUAUGUUGUUCUUAAGGCUUUUCUUCCUCACAAAUUGUUGAUAUAUCCUUUGUAUAAUUUUCAAGUAGUGUUAGUUUAUUGUUGAUAUACAUAUAGUUAAAUUUAAUUAUUUUACAAAUA